CGCCGGCCCCGCCCUUCGCCUGCCUGCCUGAGGGGGGGGGCGGCGGAAAAUCCUGUCAGGCGGCGCUGGCGCGGAUCGCUCCGGCUCGGCCCGCCUGCCUGCCUCCUCCUCCUCCUCCUCCUCGUCCUCUUCUUCCUCCUCCUCCUUGAGAGGGACGGGCCCAGCGCCGCCAUGGGCACCCGCGACGACGAGUACGACUAUCUCUUCAAAGUGGUGCUGAUCGGAGACUCCGGCGUGGGGAAGAGUAACCUCUUGUCCCGCUUCACACGGAAUGAAUUCAACCUGGAGAGCAAAAGCACCAUUGGGGUGGAGUUUGCCACCCGAAGCAUCCAGGUGGACGGGAAGACGAUAAAGGCCCAGAUCUGGGACACGGCAGGCCAGGAGCGCUAUCGUGCCAUCACCUCUGCCUACUACCGUGGUGCCGUGGGGGCCCUCCUGGUUUACGACAUUGCCAAGCACCUGACCUACGAGAACGUGGAGCGCUGGCUGAAGGAGCUGCGGGACCACGCGGACAACAACAUCGUCAUCAUGUUGGUGGGGAACAAGAGCGACCUGCGCCACCUGAGGGCCGUGCCCACGGACGAGGCCCGUGCUUUUGCAGAAAAGAACAAUCUCUCGUUCAUUGAAACUUCAGCACUUGACUCAACAAAUGUAGAAGAAGCCUUCAAGAAUAUCCUCACAGAAAUCUACCGCAUCGUCUCCCAGAAGCAGAUUGCCGACCGGUCUGCCCACGACGAGUCCCCGGGAAACAACGUGGUGGACAUCAGCGUGCCUCCCACCACCGACGGACAGAAAUCCAAUAAACUCCAGUGCUGCCAGAACCUGUGACCUCCCUCGGCCGCUGCCCGUCCUUCUCCUCCUCGGUUUGUCCUUCAUCCGGAGACGCUUGCUGCGUGCGCACUUCCUCAGCCCCUGCCCUUCGCUGACCCCUCUUUCCCCCCCUCCCGUUUUAGAGCAUUCCCAAAAGAGGGCUAACCUCCCCUUCCCUGUGACUGGUGAUGAAUGUAACGCUGGGGGGUGGGCUGGUGGGGGGGUGGGAGGGGUGUGUGUGUGUGUUCCUUUGAAAUCCCAUCUCGAGGAGCCAGGAAACGUUUCCUUGUGUCCGUGCCUGCCUCAUUUAGGAGAAGGGAAAGGAUGGGUGCUUGAGGGGCUUCUAAGGGAACGUCAUUUUUUCCUCGCCAUUCAGGCUGCUUUGCAGGCACGGAAGAACUCUUAAAUCAAGGAGGAUCCACACUUUCCUGGCUUCUAGGGAGCCCUUGGGCGUCUCUCCCGUGGGCGUGCACACGGCACACCCCACAUCUGGAAACGCAUCGAUGGCUCUGGGAGGGCUUGUUCGCCUUCCUCUUUCCGCUCUCAAGGGCAAGAGGGCCUGUGGGCAGAGCGUUCCCCGUUUUUUGCUCUCAGACCAGCCCGCUUCUUUCACCUGGAUCUCUCCCCACUUGCCCCCCCCCCCCCGCUCCUGCUUUCAGUUUGGGACAAUGAAGUCUGUCUGCGCAAUGAUCUCUGGGCCUUCUCCUCAGCCGCCAUCGGAGCUGCGUGCACGUCCCGAGAACCGACCGGCUCCGAGAGGUCACCGUCACGAAACGAAGAAAAUGUAAUAUAUAAAGUACCAGCCGAAGGCUUUU